AUACUGAAUAAAAUACACUCACAAUCUAACAGGACAUUUUUCCCUGCCAUAUUUAAAAAAAAAAAAAACAUUAAAUUAAAACAACACUCCAGGUCGCAACCAUUAGCGGGAACGGGAAACAUAUUAGACUAACAUCGUCAGCAUCCCCCUGACGUGUCGAGGCCGUCAGCCAAAGGGCUUCCGUGCCGCCACGCGUGAGAUCUGCUCUCAUUCCCCGCCUCGUGACUGCCGCAUGGGAAGGAAGGUCCUCGAGGCGUUAUUUGGAAAGCAUUUCGUGUUUGUACAAUCACAAAAUAGCAUGCUUGGUGUUGUCUACAGGGGAAGGAAUCGAGAUCUGGAAUGUAAACUGUAGCGUAAGAUGCAGGAGUACCUUUAAGAAUAUCAAUAACAUGUCUGUCGGUGGAGAAAUGCUGAAGUAUAUAUUAUUCUGUCUUAUCAAGUCCAUCCCCAAUGGAAUUCCAAAACAUGCACACCUUCAAUGUCAUCCAGCACAUGCUUCGUCUAGUGCAAGAAGAAAUCGAUGCCGAGAAACAAAAUCUUCCCGUAGCGAGAGUGACCCCCCUCACUUCUUCAUUGCUUUCUUUCCAGACGCGCCGCGGCCAUCCAGCCUCACAAGCCUCCAGCCUCCGCCGGGUCACGGAAGGGGAAGGGGUUCUCUCGCUCCUGGUGGCUGGUUAUGUAAGCUGCCUCUUUCCUCCCACUCUCCAUUCCCCUCAGUCGGUCCGCAGUUCCCACGCCGCGCACACGGUGCCCUCGGCCUCCCUCACGCUCACGCCAGGGGAGACUCGCGUAAGGACGGUAGUGUCGCGGCUGCGUUGCGCUCCCCCGCCCCUUGCCUCGCCACAAGUGGUGGACGCUCGGUGCCUCUUAAGGACUGGUGAACGGCUCGGCGGCGAGGACUGGUGCCCGCGGUGGUGAAGUGUGCGCGAUUAAGAGUUUUUGGAUUGGUUUCUUAUUGCUAUGAUUGUGUGUGUCCGGGAGUGAGGCUUCAAGUGCACUCAGCGCUGACCACCUCCACACCCCUGAGGCCGCGGCCCGCCGAGGCCUCACUAAGCAGAGAUGGAGGAGGCUGCCAACAACGUGUCGGCCAUGAGAGGUGACUACAGCUGGGAGCCGCCGCCUCCCUGGAUGUUUGGCAGCCAGGAGCACUGCGAGACUUACUACCUGCCCGCCGCUACAUCCUUCGUCGAUGGUGAAUAUUGCAAUGCCACGUGGGACAACAUCAUGUGUUGGCCGCCGGUACCCGCCAACACCCGGAUGGCGCUGCCGUGCCCUCCCGUGCAGGGCGUUGACCUCCAACAGACUGCCCACCGCAUGUGUUCGGUGGAAGGGCGGUGGCUGGGCAAGGACGGUGAAGAUUCCUCCCCAACCGGCUGGACUAAUUACACCGCCUGCUUCACGCCGGAUGUGCGGGACCUCCUCAACAGGCUGUAUUCCGGCACCGAGGAGGACGCUCAGAUGAAGUUCCUGGUGGCAAAGGGGUCCCGCGCCCUGGAGAUCAUCGGCCUCACGCUGUCCCUCGUGUCGCUUCUCCUGGCUCUCUUCAUCUUUAGCUACUUCAAAUUCGUAGAUUUUAGAGGGCCCCUAACCCAGCCCUGCUUCAGGAAGCUGCGGAACAACAGAACUCGGAUCCACAAGAACCUGUUCACGGCAAUGGUGGUGCAGGUGGCGGUGCGUUUAGUGCUGUACGGGGACCAGGCGCUAGUGAGGGGCGACUCCACGGGGCUCGGCUCUGGGCUGGCGUCUGAUCGACAGGGCAUCGAUAGCACGCCGGUCCUGUGCGAAGCCUUCUACAUCGUGCUGGAGUACGGACGCUCCGCCAUGUUCAUGUGGAUGUUCAUCGAGGGGAUGUACCUCAACAACCUCAUCAGCGUCGCCUUCUUCCAGGGCCCGCCCAACUACAGCGCCUACUACGCCAUCGGCUGGGGCAUCCCGGUGUUCAUGACGGCGUGCUGGGCGGUGGUGAUGGGCCUGUGGAAGAACGUGGACUGCUGGUGGGGUUACUCCUUCACCACCUACUACUGGAUCCUGGAGGGGCCGCGCUUCACCGUGAUUGGCGCGAAUCUUCUGUUCCUGCUCAACAUCAUGCGUAUCCUGAUCAGCAAACUGCGAGAGGCGAGCUCCAGCGAGGCCCAGCAGAUCAGGCCUCUGCGUCGGUCGGUGCGCAAUGCCCUGUUCCUCCUCCCGCUACUGGGGAUCACCAACGCCAUCACCAUGAUCCCCAAGCCCCUUGAGCGCUCAGCCUUCGAGUUUGGGGUUUGGUCUUAUGGUACCAACCUCCUCACCUCCUUCCAGGGCCUUGUCGUGGCCUGCAUCUAUUGCUUCUUUAAUGGAGACGUCAAGAGAACGCUGUGUUACUACUGGCGGCUCAAGGUGACUCUCCGUAGCAAAAGGCGGCGUCCAGGCGCAGCUUCAGCUUUCCCUGACCCUGACCACCUGUACAACACUGGCUACGGUCCCCGCCCUAAGUUACACUAUAAGGCUCGCAGUCGGUCGUCGAGUGACAAGCCCGUACACAACAGCCACCUGCAGGGUCUGCACCACCCUCCCCUGCACCCACAACACCUGCACCACCCCCCCGGAGUGCCCUGCCUCGCCGCCCAGCCUGUGUCCACCUUAUGACGGCCGGCGCCCUUUAUUAUGGACACCCCACGGGGCCGCGUCAACCUCAAGGGUCCCGAGCCCCGGGUAAGCUUCAUCUUCCGGGCACAGAGGGCGCCCAUCCACGAGCCAAGGGACGCGGCCGCCCCUAGACACGGCGCGGCAAAAACUAAGAAGAGCACAAAGCGUAGAAUGAAGGUUGAAAUGAGGGGCGGCCGGCCUGCCACCUACAGACAGGAAAGCGAGGACCCGCAGGAUAUCAGCUCGGACAGGACCAGUCCCUGCAGCAUGCGUGGAGUAUCUUCGGGCACGCUAGACGCCGACGUGCACACUUGGUCCACCAACACUACAGACUACGAUGGCGGGGCGUCUUGCUCCUCUUCAGGAGCUGCACUCACUUCCUAUCACGGCGUUGCGGGUUCCUACAGGACCUUAGACUCAGGCGGUUCCUAUCUCUGCAGCGACCUGGACUGAGUCCAAGCCCACCACGGUUCUUCCGUCGAGCGAAGCCGUCCGCUGUUCACGAAACCCUAACUCCUUUCCCUAUAAUUUUCCUAAAUACUCAUUUCAUGCCACAAUACUCUCACCACUACCGCCGCAGUGACGAAAAAUGCAGAGACAGUCACCGCUGCCGACCUUCCCAACACAGUGGUGCGAGACCCAAAUGUUCAGUACGACAAUUCCCAACACGCGACGCCAUACAACACGCCUGGCAGCUUGUCCGUGAAUGUAAACUACAGACUGCUUACAAAAGCAAGUUAAGUCACGGCACUAAAGCAGCAAUUAGCAGCGUCGACGAGCGGCUCCGUGCCUGCAGGAUCCAGCAAAGCGUCGCGGACAACAGCCAGUGCCAAGCAUUUCUGUCGACAUAAGCACUGAAGUCUUCCGUCUCUUCUCUGAGUAAAGGCUUUCCCUAACGAGCAUACGUCCGGCAGGAAAACAUACAUUCAGAGCAUUUUAUAAAUACUCUGGCUCCAGCCGGGAAUGGAGAUCAUGUAAAUAGCCAAGAGGGUUCGUAUCCUAUAGAAUCCCUUCAGAUUGGAAAGCAAAUUAAGCGAAACAUUCUAAAGAUCCUUUCGUAUUCUUACACGAACAAAACUCUUUUUCUUUUUUUUUAGUAUUUGUAUUUCAUGUCAGAGUCCCCGAGAUCAGCAGGUUCUGCUCUCGGGUGACGACCACUGACGAGUCUGGGACAUGUAGUGUGCCAACACGAAUCUCCUCACAAGAAGAAUGAAAACUAUAUACACAUUACUCUUAAUUGACUGUCAGCCGGGCAUGGCGAAAAGUCUCUCUCCUUAUACACAUUACUUGCGCAGUUCUCAGAAAACUCACUUCAAAACGAACUAAACCACACCUGGAACAAACUGAAUCCCUCCGCAGCUGCAGUGACUAAGGUUACAUCUUUACCACUACACAAAAAUUUCACACAGUCCCUUCCGAGCCUCACUCCUCCCCUCCCACACACACACACACACACACACACACACACACACACACACACACACACACACACACACACACACACACACACACCUUCUUCCCACUAACCUGUGUUGAGGCUCAGGUGAGACUGCAGGCGGCCAGGAAUCAGAUCCUCCAGGCGUUGCUGCAUUACACUGACACUUGCCGCUGAAAAGAAAAAUGAUGCAUUCAGAGCAGAUGAGCGUGACUCUCCUCACCGAUGAUACAGUCUGUCCCUAAGUCAUGAGUCAGUGAUAUCUUACACCGACCCAGAUCUGACACACACACACACACACACACACACACACACACACACACACACACA